AUGGAUAGAGGCAUUCGUGCUAAGCACGUAGCGAGUUUUCUCGAAUACGGCAAACCGCUCAGUGGAAAUGAGAUAAUGGAAAAUCUGGAAUCCGUCGAGAACCAGCCGAGUCGCACAAUUCUUGAUUGUUACCUAAAAAUCGUCGAUGGAGAAUAUCUUAUCGUACGUGUGGAUGGCGAUCCCGAUCCUUCAGAAUGCUUUGACCUCUGUUAUAUCGAUGAUGUGCAUGGGUACAGUUGGAGUAACAAGGCUAACGAGUAUCCCCUGUUGCUCGUUUUUCGUUUCCUUGCUUCCAAGAUCACUGAUGGGGAGACGCCCAAUGAGGUUCACAUAUUCAGUCUAGAAUCCAAAUCCCAAUUACAAUGGGUUGUUGAUUUUAUUGACGAAGCCGUCGGCAAUGCAAAGCAAAUGAAUAAGCAGUCUAAGCCACGGCAUCAGCCAACCCGAAAAAUGUCAAGGAAGAGUGAUGCGAUUGAUCGACCAGAAAAGAUAAAGCGCCAUCCAAAGGAGUCGUCUUCGAGUGGAACGAAGGGGAAACUGGAGGAAAUGAACCAACUCUUAGAUGACAUCGAAGCAUUUGAGACAGCCCUUCACGGAGCCGUCUCGUAUCAAGUUACCGGCGCAACCAAAGUUGACCGAAGCCUUUGGCGUGAUAGCCUUACUCCACCGUCCUACGAGGCGGCAGUGGCACAUGUCGAGCGCAUUCGGAAGUGCGUCAACUUCACAGCUGAUUUGACCGACUACAUAGUAGAUCCGGGGCCUGGGGAGCUGCUUAACCGACUCUUUGAGUCCCUCAACUGGGUUCAGAAGCUCUGCGAUGGAAACCGUGUGCUCCACUACGACCCCAAUCUCGUGCGGUCAGUCAAACGCCCCGCUUUCACCGAAAGGGCCAUCCGCACACUCUCUGAGUGCUUGCAACCGGACAAUAAGUCCUUCUGGCACUCACUCGGUGAUGCCUGGACCACAGCAGGGAUGAAAUCCGAUGCCUUCAGUACUGACUAUCUUAACUCAACACGAGCCGCCACCGCAGACAGAGCUGGCUUUAAACCGGAAAUGACGAUCAAGGAUUACGGAUACUACAACUACGCUUUUUUUCUAACACCCACAUAUUUCAUUUCAGCACUCAGCUCUACGCAAGAGAAAAAGGAUGAGUCAAUUGACAUGGAGGGCUUUAUAAAUGGGGUUCGAGCCCGCGGAGGAACACUUGUAAUCGCGAAGCAAAAGACUGUAAGCGAAGCAGCCAGGGAACUCAGCAUAAACGUCGGUGACGUGCUAGAGGUUCUUGAUGACAAUGGGGAGUGGUGUUGCUUGCGCACCCCAACCGGACAAACAGGCCACGUUCCCAGAAAGUGCAUCGAAGUUCUCGAGGACCACGUAUCAGAAAAUAAAACUCGGUCCAUUAGCCGAACACGGUCAAAAUCCCCUCCUGAAAAGAAGCAAAGUACGAAUCGACGUAGCAGCUCCGGCCCUCGUAAGUUCAAAAGGGCUCCUCGCGAUUCGGAAGUAGAAGCGGAGGAGGACGUUAGUGAGGAGUAUUACAGUGAUGAAGGCGUCCAUCGCCAGAGUACAUCUAGUCGCACAACUAAGCACCGUUCCUGCAUGUCCUGCUGUGAUGGUGGAACUCAUCCUUGUCACCAUCAUCAUCAUCAUUCAGUGUCUCCGUCACAUCAAGAACAAUUACCGGUUACACCUGCCCAGCAAUAUCAGCCUAUGAAUGUCCAGCCACUUCAGCAACGUCAAACAGGACAGCCAAUAAUACAUCAUGGUACGAACGGACAGCCCUCCGUUAUUGUGGUCCCAACUUCAUCCAAUCAGCCCGCUCAACCACGGCCUCCUCCAGUUCACUACUUGGUGACGCAGCCGCCUCCUCCCCCGCAGGCACCACCUCAACCCGUCAUUGUUCCUAUGCCUUUCCCCAUGCAGCAGCCAGUGAUGCAACAGCCAAUGAUGCAACAACCAAUGAUGCAGCAGCCAAUGAUGCAACAACCGAUGAUGCAACAACCAAUGAUGCAACCCCCAUUAAUGCCCGGGAUGGGACCCUACGGGAUGUAUGGCACGAUGAGAAGGGGAACGCCGAAUCCCAUGGACCCCUACUACGAUGGAUACAUGGACUACGAGGGACUACCACGACGCAGACGCUCUUCGGCCUCACCAAAGCGGAGGUCACGACAAAAACACAAGGACGGGGACAGGCGUAGGAAGAAGAGCGAGCGGUCAAGCAGUAACAGUUCCUCCACUAGCAGCAGUAGCAGCUCAAGGUCAAGCAGUAGUUCAAAGGAGAAGAAGCACUCCAAGUCGAAGAAGGGAACAAUCCCACAGGCUCCACCACCCCCACCCCCUCCACCUAAAGAAGACACCUAUGCGCCGCAUAUGGAGACCAUGAACCGUGAGCUGCAAGAACGUAUGAAGGCGAUGCGCGAAGGCAACUCGAACGGUCUGAAGCCGGCGGGACACCGCAAACUUAAUGACUCGUGGAAUGCCUCCCAGAUGUCUGCGAACGACCCUGCGGCUGAAAUUGCCCGACUAGCAAACAAAUUUGGCACCGCCCAGGUCAGUCAACCACACUCGUGUGCCACUUGGGUUUGGGGCCCUUUAAUCUGGUUAAGUGCUGUCACACUGCGGGCCAAAUAG